AUGAAUGCAGCCCAGCUUUCCAUGUCAGCAUCCGUAUCGCGUUCCCACACCAUUCUUCUGCGAAAUAUGGAUAGUUUGGCAACGCAGGGUACACAGCUCGUACAGGCAAUGUUCGAUUUCAAGCCACAGGAAGAAGGCGAACUCGGCUUCAAAUUCGGCGAUGUCAUUACUGGUAUGCGUUCAUGUUCCAAUGCAAAAUUGCUUUACGAAGGCUGA